AUGUUGUUUAAUAUCAAGCUGCAUGUCAUCCUCGACAGGAGUAAUCCAGGCAAUGACCAGUAUUACACUCUAGUGUUCGGGGACACCGCCAAUCUGGCAGCCUCCCCACUCAGGGCCGCAGACCCAACGGUGGUGGUGGUUCACGGUUUCACCUCAAACGGCUUCACCAGCUGGCCGGUUCGAGCUAAGACAGAGCUGCUGAGUCGCGGGUCGUACAACGUGAUCUCUGUGGACUGGGAGCACCUGGCAGAGUCCCCUUGGUAUCCCCAGGCAGUCCUGCACACACAGCUGGUGGGAGAGCGCACGGCUCGCCUGCUGGAGUGGCUGCAGGAGGCUGCGGGGCUGGACGUGACGAAGGUGCAGGCCACGGGGCACUCCCUCGGGUCUCACGUGUGUGGCGCCAUUGGUCAACAUCUUGAAAAGUUUCGCCUUCCCUUCAUCACAGGUCAGUCUGCACCUCACUCUGAUGUCACCCACACUACCAUUCAAAGAGAAACAAGUUAG